AUGGAAGGUAAACUAGCACAUGACUACUUGUCGUCCACAAAGAGCCACCAUGGCAUGAUGACGUCACCGCACCGCGUCUGCGUUGUCACUGGACCGGUGAUCGUAGGAGCCGGACCGUCGGGGCUAGCGACGGCUGCUUGUUUAAAAAACAGAAACAUAACUUCGGUAAUACUAGAGAGAUCAAACUGUAUAGCUUCUCUAUGGCAGCUCAAGACAUACGACCGCCUCCAUCUCCACCUUCCUAAACAAUUCUGUGAGCUUCCCCUUGUGCCCUUUCCCGACCACUUCCCUACUUAUCCGACCAAACAGCAGUUCAUCGAGUAUCUCGAGGACUACGCUCGGAUGUUUGAUAUACGACCAAAGUUUGGUCAGACGGUUGAGUCGGCAGUGUUUGAUGAGAACCUUGGGAUGUGGCGCGUGGUGAGCGUGGGAGAAGAGGGCACGACGGAGUAUGUUUGCCGGUGGUUGGUGGCUGCGACGGGGGAGAAUGCUGAGCCGGUGGUCCCUAGGUUUGAAGGGAUGGAGAAGUUUGAAGCCACGGGGGUUGUUAAGCACACGAGUCAUUACAAGACCGGUGGAGAUUUCGCCGGAAAAAAGGUUUUGGUCGUUGGAUGUGGAAACUCCGGCAUGGAGGUUUGUUUGGAUCUAUGCAACUUCGGUGCUCAGCCUUCUCUCGUUGUCAGAGACGCGGUGCACGUCCUACCACGAGAGAUGUUGGGUACUUCAACUUUUGGGCUGUCCAUGCUGUUACUCAAAUGGUUGCCCAUCCAACUCGUUGACAGUUUCCUCUUGGUUGUUUCCCGGUUCAUCCUCGGGGACACCACUUUGUUAGGACUAAACCGACCCCGGUUAGGCCCACUAGAGCUCAAAAAUCUUACUGGCAAAACUCCGGUUCUCGACGUUGGAACGCUUGCCAAGAUUAAAACCGGAGACAUCAAGGUAUGUUCCGGGAUAAGAAGGUUAAAACGGCAUGAAGUUGAGUUUGAUAACGGGAGGACGGAGAAAUUUGACGCCAUAAUAUUGGCAACUGGCUACAAAAGCAACGUACCAUCUUGGCUAAAGGAGAAUAAAAUGUUUAGUAAAAAAGAUGGAUUUCCAAUACAAGAGUUUCCGGAGGGAUGGAGAGGGGAAUGUGGGCUAUAUGCGGUCGGAUUCACCAAACGUGGGAUAUUUGGAGCAUCAAUGGAUGCAAAAAGAAUAUCUCAAGAUAUAUACGAGUCUUCAAAAAAAUCUGAUCAACACCAUAGACAUAUACAAGUGUUCAUGUCAAGAAAAUCUGAUCAAGCCUUGUAG